UCACGCCCACACACGGGUCGCCGCUGCAACAUUGACCUCUUGGUCUGCCGCGGAUAGAAAGGGAUGGAAUCCGUGAGGGAUCCGAAAAUUGUGAUGCGGGAGAUCAGCAAACUAUAAAGACUGGUGCAGAAGCUCAUCCUGAAGAUCUCUACUGCCAUUGACCUAACUCCCUUGAUCAUCAUCUAAUCCAGCAAGCUUCCCAAAACUAUCGUCCUUCGAGCGUUGAGACAGCUGCAUCAGAAACUUUCCAAGAUGAAGCUCACCUCUUCCGUUGCUCUGCUGGCCGCGGCGGGUGCCCAGGCCCACUACACCUUCCCCAAGACCAAUAUCAACGGGCAGCUCUCGGCCGAGUGGGAGACGAUCCGGCAGACCGAGAACCACUACUCGCACGGGCCGGUGACCGACGUCAGUUCGGAAGCCAUCCGGUGCUACGAGCUCAGCCCCGGCACGGGCGCGCCCAAGAUCGCCAGCGUGCAGGCCGGCAGCAACGUCACCUUCACCGUCGACUCCAACAUCGGCCACCCGGGCCCGCUGCAGUUCUACAUGGCCAAAGUGCCCGCCGGCCAGACGGCGGCCACCUUUGACGGCAAGGGUGCCGUGUGGUUCAAGAUCUACCAGGACGGCCCAUCCGGGCUCGGCACGAGCUCCAUCACCUGGCCCAGCUCCGGCAAAACCGAAGUAUCGGUCCAGAUCCCCAAGUGCGUCGCCAACGGCGACUACCUGCUGCGGGCCGAGCACAUCGCGCUGCACAGCGCCGGCUCGGCCGGCGGCGCCCAGUUCUACCUCUCGUGCGCGCAGCUCACCGUCACGGGCGGCACGGGCACGCUCAACACGGGCUCGCUGGUCUCGUUCCCGGGCGCCUACAAGGCCACCGACCCGGGCAUCCUCUUCCAGCUGUACUGGCCCAUCCCGACCAGCUAUACCAACCCGGGUCCGGCACCUGUGAAGUGCUAGUUCCAGUUUAUCUUUUUUCUUUUUUCUACCUUUUGUGUGUAAAGGGUGGGCGCGUGAGUGAAGUACAUAUGAGGAUUGGGCUUAAGCCAAGGGGCCUGGACACUGCUCUUGUUGUGAGCCGGUACAUAAAGCUUCCAGCUUUCUCUUGUAUAUAUUGCUACCUAUGUCAGUUUCCGGCUUGCGUUUCGUGCUGUAGCCAAUUGACUCCAAAGGUACCUAUAUUCCGACAUUUUCGACUCCCACUAUACAAGGUACUGCAGUACUAUCGUAACAGUUACUAGUACUAGUACUGAUACAUACUGUAACGUUCGUUCAUCUCCCACGAUGCCACACCCAACACGCAAGCCCCCGCCAGUUCCGAGUCAAGCAGAAGAAGCCGGAAGCAACCAGGUCACGACACUGUUCGCAACCACAUUGCCGCUCCACGUCUCGCCCUUGGCCGUCGUGAGCGUGACGUAGACGUCGUUGCCAAACGUGU